AUGAAUGUUCAAAUAAGGUACCCUUACGAGGGUUUAUUACAUAAAUACACAAACGCGAUGAAAGGAUGGCAAUAUCGUUGGUUUAUCCUUAGUCCUGAAACCGGUGAAUUACAUUAUUUUCUUAGUGAAUCCGAAAAAAAUCAACGACCACGUUGUUCCAUAUAUUUAGCCGGAGCAGUUAUAGCACCUAGCGAUGAAGACUCUAAUACUUUUACUGUUAAUUCUGCAACAGGAGAUAUGAUCAAAUUAAGAGCUACCGAUGCUCGAGCUCGACAGGAAUGGGUGGACAAAUUGCGAGCAGUUACAGAAAUGUAUACAAGAGCAAUAGCUAGUAGUCAUCCUCCAUUACCACCUAGAGAACAUUCCACGAAUACAAGUAGAAAUCCUGUUGCCAAAUUAGAAGUCCUCGAUGCCUUUGCUAAUUGCCAGGAGCAAUUAAGAAAAGUGGAAAAACAUAAUGUUGCACUUGCACAAUCAAUUGAAAAUUCGAAUAUGAACUUAGAUCCAGAUUUAUUAGUUCUUAAAGCUAUGGCUCAUACAACGUUACAUACGUUAAAUCAAUGCCUUAAUAUAUUAUACCAAUGAAAGAAUAUUCUAUGAGAGCAUCUUUAGAAACUUGAUACACAAAUUUAUUCAAUAUUUCUUUUGUUACAUGAGAGUAUUCAAGUAUACCUAAAUACAUUUCAUUUUGUUUCCAUUUAUAUUUCCAUUUUAUACUAUUUCAUUUAAUAAGUUUAUUUACUUAUCGAUAGUGUAAUCAAAGGAACAAGUUCUUCCGAACAAAUAAAGGUCGAUGCAGUUUCACGUUAAAAGUCAUCCUUUUCACGUUAAAUAUCGUUUACAUUGUUAAAAAAAAAAAAAAAAAAAAAAAAAAAAAAAAACAUUUCUAAAUUUAUUUCUUUCUUUUUAUGAAUUUAAUAAUAAUACCUUUACAUUCUUUGUGCUCUGUCCAAAUAUCGAAGCAAUAUAAAAUAGAUUUAAAUACUUGAUCUAACACCACAAGUACAUACAUUAUGACGUAUUAUAAAGAGAUUAAAAAAAAACAAAAAAAACAAAAAAAUAUUACCUUCCGAAUAUAUAAAUAAACAGCUGGUUAUACAGGCACAUUUAUGAAAACAUAACCGAAUUUUAAAUAACUUAGAAUUAAUAUUAUGAUUUAAAAAAAAAAAAUAAAUGAUCCAGCGUAAUGUGUAUGGAACGCAUUCGAUCAAAUUUAAACGAUCUUCAUGAUAAAAGAAGGAACAUAUCGUUAUAGAAUGAAAAAGAAUUAAAACCAAAAAAAAAAAAAAA